AUGGAUUACAAUAGCCAAUUGCAAGCAGCUCAGCAGCAAGUUCUAAGUGACCAACUCAAGUCCGAAGCCUUUGAUCAUGUGACGAAACAACAAAGGCGAUCUGCAAAUUAUAAACCAAACAUUUGGAAAUAUGAUUUCCUACAGUCCCUUCGUAGCAAAUAUGACGGGCAGGAAUACAAGAGAAGGACUGAGAAGUUGAGAGAGAAAGUGAAGGACAUGUUUAUUGAAGCAGUGGACGAGUUAGCUACACUGCAGCUGAUUGACAUGAUCAGGAAACUAGGUCUGGCGGACCUCUUUGCUGAUGAAACGCAUAAAGCUUUACAAGCUGUAGCAUCUUCCAAUAAGAACAGGAAGAGUAGUGAAGAAGAAGAAGACCUCUACAUAACCGCGUUACGCUUCAGGCUCCUAAGGCUGCAUGGCUACGAGGUUUCACAAGAUGUGUUCAACGCCUUCUUGGAUGAAAAGGGUAUAUUCUCAGUAAGUAAAUGCACAGAGAUCAAAGGACUCCUUGAACUUUUUGAGGCCUCAUAUCUGGCUUUCGAAGGAGAAAACAUUUUGGAAGAGGCUAAAGCAUUCUCAACAGAAACUCUUAGGAUUGUUUAUUCUACUCUGGGUACAAAUUUAGACAAGCAAGUAGCCCAUGCUUUGGAGCUUCCAACGCACUGGAGGGUACAGUGGUUUGAUGUCAAAUGGCACAUCAUCAUGUGCGAGAACAAUAAAAACGUAGACAAAAUUUUACUUGAACUGGCUAAACUUAACUUUAACAUAGUCCAAGCUACCCUUCAGAAAGAUCUAAGCGAAAUUUCCAGGUGGUGGAGGAAUUUGGGACUGAUGGAACAUUUAAACUUCACAAGGGAUCGCCUGGCUGAAAGUUUCUUGUGUGCAGUUGGACUUGCUUAUGAGCCUCAAUAUAGUUGUUUCAGAAAAUGCCUCACUAAGAUCACCACUAUGAUAUUGAUAAUAGAUGAUGUUUAUGAUGUUUAUGGUUCCCUAGAAGAGCUAGAGCAAUUCACCGAUGCUGUUGAUAGGUGGGAUUCAAGCAAAAUUCAGCAGCUGCCAGGGUGCAUGAAGAUAUGCUUCCAAGCUCUAUAUGAUAUUAUCAUUGAAAUUUCUCAUGACAUCCAUGAACUCAAUGGUUGUGAUGUCCAAGUAUUACUUCAUUUGAGGAAAGCGUGGGCAGGGUUUUGUCGAGCACUAUUUGUGGAAGCGAAGUGGUAUAGUGAAGGAUAUACCCCUUCACUUCAAGAGUAUCUGAGCAAUGCAUUGAUUUCAUCCGGAGGCAUUGUUAUUUCUGUCCACUCAAUGCUUUCUUUGGGGCAUGCUGUAGCGAAUGAAAUGGUCGAUUUCUUGGGCAAAAAUCAAGAUCUUGUCUACAAUAUAUCAGUUAUAACCCGACUCUGCAACGACUUGGGAACUUCAGUGGCAGAGAAAGAGAGAGGGGAUGCUUCAUCAUCAAUCCUGUGCUACAUGCGAGAAGUGAAUGCUUCAGAAGAAAAAGCUCGAGAGCAUAUUAAGGAGAUGAUAACCGACACAUGGAAGAAAAUAAAUGGUCAAUGCUUCAGUAAUCAAUCACCUUUGUUGCAAACCUUUGUCAAAGUUACCACAAAUGUUGCUCGUAUGGUGCAUUGCCUGUAUCAAUUUGGAGAUGGGUUUGGCAUUCAAGACCAAGAGACCCGAAGACACAUCCUAUCUCUCUUAAUCGAGCCUUUCAAGCUCGAUUAAUUAUAAUGAAGUUCUAAUCAAAUAUAGAUGUAUAUAAUUAAGAAUUAAAUAAUAAGGGUAAAAAAGAGCAAAGCGCAGCCUGCCAACCUCCGAACAAAAGGACAAAACAAGCUUUUCGAGCAUGUGCUUCAC